CCCCUCGCUGGUCGGGCACCUAUCAGAGCGAGCUCAUAGCCAGUGGACCCACAUCUCCUACCCUCUCACUAAUGUCAUCGACGGCGAAUCAAGUAUAGAUUACAAAAGAAAGAACCCCCGACCCGGACUCUUACUGUAACUCCAGUCGUUUACAAAGAGAAGCACGAAUGCGCCGGUUGACACCCGCAGAAUCGGGCUUGGCGGCAAUCUUUGUAAGAAAAUAAAUUUAGGCUCAUUUCGGGCGCCGCACCUCUUAUAAGAAGGGAGGGGCUGGCAGGCGAGGACGCUGCACUCGCACGCACACUGCACGCUCCCUCGCCCUCACCCCGCUCUCGUACGUAGCACAAGUCGUCCAUGUCGGACAGCCCGGCAGACGCGGUCACGCUCUACGACGAAAUGCGCGCGACCGAGCACGAGCAGGCCGCCCCGCGUUCUGGGGACGGCGAUGCGACAAUAGAGAUAGUCGACGACAGCCAUGUCGACGUCGCCCAGGCGGAAAACCAGUUCCACAUCCUGGAGCGGCGCAUGACGCAGCACUCUACGAAGGAUAAGGACCAGGACAGUGUGAAGACCGCCACAGUAGAAGGCAGCAACAGUGACGACCCGGAGAAGGGCAAGGUUGAACCGGAGGUUUUUGACCUCCGCGAGUAUCUGAGCUCCUCGAACGACGCGAACGCGGCUGCGGGCAUCAAGCACAAGCAUGUCGGCGUCGUGUGGGAAGACCUCCAGGUGGACGUGCUUGGAGGCGCGGGAAGCAAGAUCUAUGUGCCUACUCUCGCAGACGCAAUUAUUGGAUUCUUUCUGGCCCCCCUCUUCUGGAUCAUGCAGGCUAUCAAGCCUUUCAUGCCUCAGAAGAAGGAAUACAAGACGAUUCUGCACAGGUCGUCUGGUGUCCUCAAGCCUGGCGAAAUGUGCUUGGUUCUCGGCGCUCCUGGUUCUGGCUGCUCUACGUUUCUGAAGACCAUCGCCAACGAGCGCGGUGAGUACGCCAGCGUCUCUGGCAACGUUCUCUACGCCGGCAUCGACGCCAACGAGAUGGCGAAGAUGUACAAGGGCGAGGUCGUAUACAAUGAGGAGGAUGACCGUCACAUCCCCACUCUCACGGUUGGGCAAACUCUGCAAUUCGCGCUUUCCACCAAGACGCCGGGUCCUGCGGGUCGCCAGCCGGGCGUCACGCGCAAGCAAUUCGAAGAGGAGGUCCAGGAUACGCUGCUCAAGAUGCUCAACAUCGCGCACACCAAGAACACGCUCGUCGGCGACGAGUUCGUGCGCGGUGUCUCUGGAGGCGAGCGCAAGCGUGUCAGCAUCGCCGAGAUGAUGGCUACUCGCGCGCGCGUACAGUCUUGGGACAACUCCACUCGUGGCCUCGACGCCUCCACCGCGCUCGACUUCGCCAAGUCCCUGCGCGUCAUGACGGACGUGCUCGGCCAGACGACGUUCGUGUCCCUCUACCAGGCCGGCGAGGGCAUCUACCAGCUCUUCGACAAGGUCAUGGUGCUCGAUCACGGGCGGCAGGUCUUCCUCGGCCCGCCCUCCGAGGCGCGCGCUUACUUCGAGGGCCUCGGGUACAAGUCGCUCCCCCGCCAGAGCACGCCUGACUACCUCACCGGCUGCACCGACCCCAACGAGCGCCAGUUCGCCCCCGGCCGCUCCGCCGCGGACGUGCCCUCCACGCCCGAGGACCUCGAGGCCGCGUACCGCAACUCGAAGUUCGCGCGGGAGCUCGAGCGCGAGCGCGAGGACUACAAGCUGUACAUGGUCACGGAGAAGGCGGACCAGGAGGCGUUCCGCGCCGCAGUCCUCGCGGACAAGAAGCGCGGCGUGUCGAAGAAGAGCCCGUAUACGCUUGGGUACACCGGCCAGGUUAUCGCGCUCACGAAGCGGCAAUUCUUGCUGCGGAUGCAGGAUCGGUUCCAGCUUAUCACCAGCUUCAGCCUGAACCUCAUUCUGGCCAUUGUCAUCGGCGCGGCGUACAUCAACCAGCCUUUGACCUCGGCGGGCGCCUUCACGAGGGGCAGCGUCAUCUUCGCCGCGCUUCUGACGACCUGCUUGGACGCGUUCGGUGAGAUCCCCGGUCAGAUGCUCGGUCGCCCGAUUCUGCGCAAACAGACGAGCUACAGCAUGUACCGCGCAUCGGCGAUCGCGCUCGCUAACACUUUGGCCGACCUGCCGUUCUCUGCUGUGCGCGUGUUGCUGUUCGACAUCAUCGUUUUCUUCAUGUCCGGCCUCUCGCGCUCCGCGGGCAGCUUUUUCACGUACCAUCUGUUCAACUACCUGGCCUACCUUUGCAUGCAAGGUUUCUUCAGGACCUUCGGUCAGCUCUGCCGAAACUUCGAUCAUGCUUUCCGUUUUGCGACGUUCUUCAUCCCGAACGUCGUCCAAUAUGGCGGCUAUAUGCUUCCCGUCGACAACAUGAAGCGCUGGCUCUUUUGGAUUUACUACAUCAACCCGGUUGGGUACGCCUGGUCAGGCUGCAUGGAGAACGAGUUCAUGCGCAUUUCCAUGAGUUGCGACGGCAACUAUAUCGUACCGCGCAACCCACCUGGCGAGAACAUCUACCCCGACGGUCUCGGUCCUAACCAGGCUUGCACGCUCUACGGCUCUAACGGCGGUCAGGACCGCAUCAGUGGCGAGGCCUAUAUCAGCGCCGGCUAUGACAUCCACUCUGCCGACCUCUGGCGGCGCAAUCUGCUUGUCCUCCUCGGCUUCCUCAUCCUGUUCCAGGUCACUCAGGUUGUUGCGCUUGACUAUUUCCCUCGCUACGGUGCCGCCGUCUCGACCAGCAUCUACGCAAAGCCCAGCAAGGAGGAGGAGAAGCUCAACGCCGCGCAGCAGGAGCGCAAGGCCAACCGCAAUGCGCCCGAGGAGAAGUCGGACUCAAGCGCUUCAUCGUCAAAGGAGGUGUCGCGGCCGUACCGCAAGACCUUCACCUGGGAGAGGCUCAACUACACCGUCCCGGUUCCUGGCGGCACUCGGCGGUUGCUUCACGACGUGUACGGCUAUGUCAAGCCCGGGACCCUCACGGCCCUGAUGGGUGCCAGUGGUGCCGGAAAGACGACCUGCUUAGAUGUUCUCGCUCAGCGCAAGAACAUUGGUGUCAUCCAGGGCGAUAUCCUUGUCGACGGCCGCCCUCUCACUUCGGACUUCGCCCGCAGUACGGCUUAUGCUGAGCAAAUGGACGUCCACGAGGGUACCGCAACUGUCCGUGAGGCUUUGCGCUUCUCUGCGUACCUCCGUCAGCCGGCCGAGGUUUCAAUCGAGGAGAAGAACGCCUACGUCGAGGAGAUCAUCGACCUCUUGGAGCUUCACGAUCUCACGGAAGCGCUCGUCCUCAGCCUGAACGUCGAGGCCCGCAAGCGCCUGACCAUCGGCGUCGAGCUGGCGAGCAAGCCCGAGUUGCUUCUCUUCUUGGACGAGCCUACCUCUGGUUUGGAUGCUCAGUCGGCGUGGAACCUGGUCCGCUUCCUGCGCAAGCUGGCCGACCAGGGGCAGGCUAUUCUCUGCACGAUACAUCAACCGUCUGCCCUGCUCUUCGAGAGUUUUGACCGGCUUCUCUUGCUCGAGCGCGGUGGCGAGACUGUCUACUUCGGCGACAUCGGGAAGGAUUCGCACAUCCUGCGCGACUACUUCGCCCGCCACGGCGCCGUCUGCCCGCCAAACGUCAACCCCGCCGAGUACAUGCUCGACGCCAUCGGCGCCGGUGUUCAGCCCCGUAUCGGCGAUCGCGACUGGAAGGACGUCUGGCUCGACUCGCCCGAGUGCGAGAAGGCCCGGCGCGAGAUCGAGGAGAUCAAGGCGACGGCUCUCGCCCGUCCAGUCGAGGAGCACAAGAAGAUGAGCACUUAUGCAACGUCGUUCUUCUACCAGUUGAAGACCGUGGUCCAGCGCAACAACAUGGCCCUCUGGCGAUCGCCAGACUACAUCUUCACCCGGUUCUUCGUUUGCAUCUUCAUCUCGCUGUUUGUCUCGCUCUCGUUCCUCCAAUUGGGUAACAGCGCGCGCGACCUUCAGUUCCGGGUGUUCUCUAUUUUUUGGAUCACCGUCCUGCCCGCUGUCGUCAUGAACCAGAUCGAGCCCAUGUUCAUUCUGAACCGCCGCAUCUUUGUUCGCGAGGCGUCGUCGAGGAUCUACUCUCCUUAUGUCUUCGCCAUUGGCCAGCUUCUCGGAGAGAUUCCAUAUUCAAUCAUUUGUGGCAUCCUCUACUGGGUCUUGAUGGUGUACCCUCAGGGUUUCGGGCAAGGCGCGGCCGGUCUCAACGGCACGGGUUUCCAGCUCUUGGUCAUCAUCUUCAUGAUGCUCUUCGGUGUCUCGUUUGGGCAGUUCAUUGCCGCCAUCUCGCCCAACGUCCAGACCGCUGUGCUGUUCAAUCCCUUCAUCUCCUUAGUCUUGUCGACCUUCUGCGGUGUCACUAUUCCGUACCCCACUAUGAUCUCGUUCUGGAGGAGCUGGAUUUACGAGCUCGACCCAUUCACCCGCACGCUGGCGUCCAUGGUCUCCACCGAGCUGCACGGCCUUGAGAUCACUUGCAAGGCCGACGAAUUUGCCGUCUUUAACCCGCCGGAUGGUCAGUCCUGCGGUCAGUGGGCCGGCGCUUUCGUGCAGGCCUACGGUGGCUACAUCGACAACCCCGACGCCACGGACGCGUGCAGGUACUGCCAGUAUCGCGUCGGCGACGAGUUUUUCGUCCCGCUCAACAUUCAGUACGACAACCGCUGGCGGGACGCGUGGAUCCUGUUCGCGUAUGUCAUCUUCAACGCUCUGAUUACGAUUGCUGCUUCUCGCUUCUUGCGCUACGCAAAGCGAUGAGCGACGAACUUUACUUACUAACGACGAUCCCUUCUGGGUUACGGUUUCUUUUGGGGAAGGUUCGAUACAAUCACUAGACAUCAUCGUUAUCCUUAGACUACGCACUGCACGUACACUGUAGCCAUAUCCUGGUCUUUAUUCAUUGAUCUUUAGAGUGGAAAUGGUGUCCGUUCUGGAGGCAUUCAGACAAAUGGGGGGAACCUGGUCUUCAACCUUUGACUUCAGGCCUGCAG